GGUGUCAUUAAUGACACCACUUUCAAAUUCUUGUAUAAUAAAAAUCCAGUCACUCCUACUCUGUAUCUUUUGCCAAAAAUCCAUAAAGGCAAAGGAACAGCACCCCCUGGCCGUCCAAUAGUGUCUGCGAAUAACUCAAUUUUAGAGAAUACUUGUAGUUAUAUUGAUCACCAUCUACACCCUCUGGUGGUAGCUCUGCCUUCAUACAUCAAGGAUUCCACUUCAGUCUUAAAUAUUAUGAAUAAAUUUAAGCAAGAAGAUUUCGAUUUCUUCAUUAGUAUGGACGUGGAGUCCCUUUACACAAACAUCGCUCAUGUUCCUGGUAUUGAAGCUGUUCGGUUUUUCCUAGAAAAUAAUGACAUGACAACGGAUGAAAUUGAGUUUUUAUUAUUACUCAUAGAAUGGUCACUUACUCACAAUUUCUUCACUUUUAAUGGAGAGUAUUAUUUGCAGCUUUGUGGUGUGAGCAUGGGGUCA